CCGAAGCCAUGUCUGACAAGUUAAAGUUCCUCGUGUUAAAUCCGUCUCCGGCGAAUGUCUCUAAGCUAUUGACCAAAGCCAACGGCUUGCACGCUAAAAACGGUCCCUUUGACGCGGUUUUCCUAUUAGGGGACGCUUUGUCUUGCGAUACUCCCUCCUUGGGACAACUCAACAAGGAUGUACAACUUGUCCCCUCGGUCUAUUUCACUCAGGGUUUGGAAGGCAUGAAUCCUGGGAUUGCCUCUACCGAGCGGUUGGCCGACGUUCAGCCAAACUUGACUUACUUGGGAGAUGUUGGCACUUACAAACUCUCGUCCGGCGUGACUGUUGGUUUCGUCUCUGGGAAGCUCUUAUCGGCUGCUCAUAGUGACAGAGCGGUGAUGAACAAAGUUUUGGACAGAUUUCAGGGGAAGCAGGUUGACAUCUUGCUCACCUACCAGUGGCCCCAGCAGAUGGCGGAUGAGUUAAAGUUGACGUUGAUUGAGUCUAAUACGUUAUUGUCUGAUAUCGUAAAGCUCGCAAAGCCGAGGUAUCACUUUUCUGUGGGGUCCUCCAGUGGUAAAUUUUUUGAGAGAAGUCCGUUCAAAUGGGAUGAUAACGAGAGUAGAAUCACCAGAUUUAUUAGUUUAGGCCAAGAGGGCAGCGCCUCUAAGGAUAAGUGGUUCUAUGCCUUCAACAUGUCUGUCCUCCCAUCAGUCUCCGAAAACCCGCUGAACCUCACAGAGAAUCCGUUCACGAAGCCACAACCCGUCGUCACGUUGAAAAGAGAGUAUGAAGCGGUGGGUGCUGAAACUUCCAAAGAAAUUAAGAGGCCAAAGGUGGUGACCCAGCAAGACUGUUUUUUCUGUCUCUCGAAUCCCAAGCUUGAAACGCACAUGAUUGUGUCCAUCGGCACCCAUGCUUACUUGACCAUUGCUAAGGGUCCAUUGACCAGACCUUCGAACAAUACCGAUUAUCCCGGCUUUAACUUCUCCGGCCAUGCUCUCAUCAUCCCUAUUGCCCAUGUGGCCAACCCACGCCAGCUUUUCAAACCCACUGAAACCAAGAACGUCAUGGAGACCCCGUUAAUGAACGAGAUCCUCCGCUACCAGUUAAGCCUCAUCAAGAUGUUUGCUCAGUUUGGGAUGACGGUAGUUUUUUACGAAAUUAGCAGAGGUUCUGGUGUCCAUUACCACAAUCAGGCCAUCCCUCUCAAAACAGAGUUGUUGGACGUGGAGUUUGAGAAAAAUUUGGUCAAGCAAUGCGACUUCCACAACAGUAAAAUUACCUCCACCAAUUCUAACCACUCCAUGGCCCUGAUGAACUUCACUAAGCAUGAUUCCACUGACGAAGCGGAAAUGGAAGCCAUGACCGAAAUUAUUAACAACAACGACUACGUGCUUAUCAAGUUGGCGUGGUCGGCCCAGAAACAAGUCAACUACUUGUUUCAGUUACCUGCCGAUGGUCUGAGAAUCGACUUCCUGUUUCCGCGUAGAGUCUUGGCCAACGUGUUGAGGUGUCCGAAGCGUACCCAAUGGAUGAAUUGCAAGCAAUCCAUGGGUCAAGAAGCCGAAGAGUGUGACCGUUUCAAGGCCGUAUACAGCGAGUUUGACUUUAACCACAAUCACUAGCCCUGUUGGAAAAAAACAACUUUACCGUUACAAAUUAUUUAGAGGGCUAGGGUCGUAACCAGGCUUAAACAAUUCGUGUAUACCAGAUUAUGUCGCUUUUUGAAACUCAGUCCAAGAAACACAUGUAUUUGUGCAUACUUAUCAGCAGUGCAACUACAAGACUACCGUUUGAAUACACAAAUAUAAGUUAUUAAUAUACGUAAGGAAAG